GAACGCACAAGCAUGUAGCUAAACAUCGGUCGGAUAUGUUUGAUUUCUGCUUAAUCGUAAACUUAGUCGAUCCGCUGACAUGAUGGGGUUGUUUAUCUGGUUUUGUAAAGAAAUAAAGCUAUAAAUAAAUCGUGUUAGAUGUUUGAGGUCGGUUUGACGUAUUUUUCGGUAACAAAACAACAACCGGAUGUAGCUAAUCGGUGCAAACUGAGGACAACAAACUGGAGACGCCGUGAAAACACACCAAGGGGACAUAAUGGCCGACGACCCUCAGAGAAACUUCCGCUCUGCGUAUUAUGAAAAAGUGGGUUUCAGAGGAGUGGAGGAGAAGAAAUCCCUGGAAAUCCUUCUGAAGGAUAAUCCACUGGAUCUGGAAAAGCUGAGCACCUUCAGUCAAAGGUUCCCGUUGCCCUCCAUGUACCGGAUCCAAGUGUGGAAGGUUCUGCUGGGCGUCCUCCCGCCCCACAGUGACUCCCACGCCCUGGUUGGAGGCUACAGGAAGGAGCAGUACCAGGACAUCCUGGAGGCUCUGGAGGUCAUGAGGUACGUCCGUCCCUCCACGCCUUCCACCCACGUCUACCUGCGCAUGUUCCAGCUGGAGACCCAGGUCCUCCCACGCUGCUCCGAGACCCUCCCUCCGGAUGAAGAACACGAAGACUUCCUGUCCAUCAGUCGAGCCAUGGAGGAGAUUGUUGACGAUCCCGUCGACUGCUACUGGCUGAUAAAAUGUUUCAUUCAUCAGUUCCAUAUGAGGUUUGGAGACUCCAUACCUCACCUGCCGAAGAGUCUGGAGCAUUACUUGAGUCAGGAGGAACCUCGGCUCCUGACUCACUUGAAGAGUGUGGGAGCGCUGCCCCUGCUGCCGUACAGCCUCUGGUUCAAACGCUGCUUCGCCGGCUGCCUGCCUGAAUCCAGCCUGCAGAGGGUGUGGGAUAAAGUGAUCAGCGGCUCCUGUAAGAUCCUGGUGUUCGUGGCGUUGGAGAUCCUCCUCAGCUACAAGAUCAUGCUGAUGGGCAUCAGCCGACCGGAGGGCGUGGCCAAGUUCCUGCGUAACAUCCCGCAGGAGAACACCGACGCCAUCGUCACCAAAGCCAUCGACUUGUGGCAGAAGUACUGCGGGAAUCCAAACCACGCCGUGUAGAGGCCUGAGUUCGGGUCAGACGGACCUUAUCGGCAGCCGUCAGCCGGGUCCACGGCUUGUCGGCCCUCCGGUCGUAGUCCUGAGCCUCGGCCACCUCCACGUAGUCGCUGAAGCGGAUGAGGAUCUUCGCCUCCCUCAGCUCCUCCACCGUCGGCCUCUGACUGAGCUGCAGGAGAAGAAAAGACGGUUCCAGGGAUUUAAAAAAAAACAACUUACUGUUAAACUAUUUUAAAACUGAAAAACGAUUUUGGAAAAAUUCUGGGAAAAGAUUUUGUAUCAAAAUAUCCUCUAGUUUAAAGAUUUUUCUCCUGAAGAUCCAGAAACGGAUGCGGGGUUCCCCAAGGCUCAAUAUUGGGCCCCAUUUUGUUUUCUAUUUAUUUGCUUCCUCUGGGGUCCAUUUUCAGGAAAUAUGAUGUAUCUUUUCAUUUUUAUGCA